AUGGGAUACAUAUGUCAAACAUCCAGGGGACAGUGUGGAGACGUGUUGGAGAUAUGCUCCUGCCAUGCAACCUGUGUGUCUUUGCUGAAGAGUUGUGCAGACUACAACCAGUCGUGUUUCCAGGUGACGCCUCACUCCAGCUCCAUGCUAGGCGGUAGAGCUCUCAGGAUCCUCGGCGUGGCCCUUCAUCCUGGUGGGCGACUUCUCUGCAGGUUCAAGGGUGAAAUUGAACAAGAAGGAUUUAUUGAUGAUGAAGGCCACGGCUACUGUAUCUCUCCUUUAUUGUACGAGACAGGUUGGAUACCAUUUACUAUCUCAAUUGACGGGAUACAUUUUGACAGAUCUGGAGAGUUCUUGUCAGUCCACCCCAGUAAGGCUGACCCUGCCUUUGAAGUCAUCCCGGUGAAUGCAACACAGUGGCAGCACUACGGCACACCAAACGUGUCUGGACGGCUAAAGAUGACAUGGAACAGCUCUUUGAUUGGGGAAGAGACGGUCAACCUAGAGCUGUGGGGUUACAGAGAGUUCAGCAGGAGCACUGAGGCGGGGGUGAACGGAUCAUCCUCUCUGCAGGCCGAGCUGAGCUACCUGUACUCCCUCGGAAGGAAUCUGCCCAACACUGGUGCCUUCAGCUUCGUCCCCGAUCCCUCAGAGGACUACUCCAACUGGAAGUUGGGAAACAUUCGCAUCACUGCUAGUUCUAAGUCAGAUGGAGCAAGGUAUCCAUAA